AUUUCCUCUCACGCUCUCAUAUCAAAAAGUAACACAAAAGAACGCAUACAGAGAACCCAAUCAAACACCUCCUACUGACAUUCAAACCCUCCUCAUCUCUCCAAGGAAAAAUCAAGACAUAAUUAGAGGCUCUUCAAAGUCCAAGCCAUAUCUUCAACUUGCAUGGGGUUAUCAUUUUCGUGCCCAUUUGCAGCAUAUACAGAUAUAGAAUCAGGUCUAAAGUCCAUCAGUUUAGAAGAUGAUGAAGUUAAAAGUUUGGGGUUAUCUUGCAGUUUUAAGAUCCAAGAUUCCAAGCCAACAGAAAUGCAAAUAAUGAGUUCUCAAGUAAUGAAGAUCGAAGGAUCUCUUAACUCUAAACUUUCUUCAAUCGAUCAUGUUGAAAAGACUGAAAUACCCAUUGAAGAUGAUCUCCAACAAGGAAGCCCCAAACAUGAAGCAGCUACAAAGCUACAAAAAGUUUACAAAAGCUUUCGAACAAGAAGAAAGCUUGCAGAUUGUGCAGUUCUAAUUGAACAAAGCUGGUGGAAGCUUUUAGAUUUUGCAGAACUUAAAAGGAGCUCCAUAUCUUUUUUUGAUCUUGACAAACAAGAAACUGCCAUUUCACGUUGGUCUAGAGCAAGAACAAGAGCUGCUAAGGUUGGAAAAGGUUUAUCAAAGAAUAGCAAAGCCCAGAAGCUUGCCUUGCAACACUGGCUUGAAGCUAUUGAUCCAAGACAUCGUUAUGGGCAUAAUCUUCACUUUUAUUAUGGAAAUUGGUUGCACUCUCAAAGUAAAGAACCUUUCUUCUACUGGUUGGAUAUAGGAGAAGGAAAAGAAGUAAAUCUUGUUGAAAAAUGCCCUCGAUCAAAACUUCAACAACAAUGCAUCAAAUAUCUUGGCCCUAUGGAGAGGAAGGAAUAUGAGGUUAUGAUAGAAGAAGGGAAGCUUUUAUACAAACAAACAGGAGAAUAUUUAGACACAAUGGAAGCACCAAAGGGUUCUAAAUGGAUCUUUGUUCUUAGCACAUCAAGAACUUUAUAUGUUGGCAUAAAAAAGAAAGGUUUAUUUCAACAUUCAAGUUUUUUAGCUGGAGGUGCCACAUUAGCAGCUGGAAGAUUAGUUUCAGAAAAUGGCAUCUUAAAGGCAAUCUGGCCUCACAGUGGUCAUUAUCGCCCCACUCAAGAAAAUUUUCAAGAUUUCAUUUCUUUCCUUAAAGAAAAUGACGUGGAUAUUACAAAUGUCAAGAUGGAUUCAGAUGAGGAAGAUAAGGAAUCUCUUGGAAAGCAAAGUAGCAUCAUUCAUAUAAGAACUCAUUCUUCAGAAGAUGAUGUCAGCGAAAAGGAGCGUUUGGGAACAGAAGAUUUAGUUCUUGAAGAUCAUCCCUCAAUAGUGUCCAAUGUAAUAAAACAACAUAUUUCAGAAUCACCAAAAAAAUCAAGACUUUCACGAUGUUCAAGUAGAAAAUUAAGUACUCUCAAAAUACCCAAAAAAGAUGAUCUUUUUAUCGAUUUAAACACCCAAGAUUUAUCAUCAGAGACCAUUUUGGAUGGGUAUGAAGCAGCAGAAGACUCUUUCAUAUCUCACCAAAUUCAUAACCAAUCAGGGAAUGACAUGUCAGAUGAUGAAGAACAAGAACACGAUAAGCGAAAUGUAGAGGACACAGUUUCUAAAAAAUCGAUAUUUCAAAGGAUUAAUUCACAUAAAGGGGAAAAAUCUUUUCAAUUGGGAAGACAACUUUCGUGUAAAUGGACAACAGGAGCUGGGCCUAGGAUCGGGUGUUUGAGGGACUACCCUAUGGAGCUGCAGUCGCAUGCAUUGGAACAAGCGAAUUUAUCUCCAAAAAGUGCUCCUUGCAAUAAGAAUAUAAAUAAGGUUUUUUGUUCAAGUCCUUGUUCUUUUGAGAAUAAGAGUUUGGUUUCAAGAAAUUGUGGACCUUAUAGAACAAGAUCUUCUCCUAUAGGUGAUUUUACAAAGAUUUUUUGAUUCUUUUAGGGUGAAUAUGAGAUUGACAUAGGCAUUUUUUAUUCAUUCUUUUUGAAAUUUAAAUGUUGAAAUAUGUAUACACUUUUUUUUUUCUUUAUAGAGAAAUAUAAAAGGAAAUUGUAGAUGUUAGAUUUGUAUUCAUUGAUAAUUAAUUCCCUUUUUACAGUUGAAUCAUAAAUGAAAG